AUGGGACUGGCGAGUCCCGGUUCAAGAUGGCGGCGCCGUCUGCCUACGUUCAUAUCCCAGCCGAGAAGUUCUCUAGUGGUUAUGUAUAUCUAUAGUCAGGGGCGUUGACCAAUCACAUUUGACGCUGCUCGAUUUGAAUGCUGCUAACGGUCACGGGCAUUUUAGUUUGGUCGAUACAUGCCAACUUGUUCGCUUUUCCUGCUUUAGUAUGCUCUGUCUCUUUCUUUCCUUUGUAUUUGAAGUAGGGUCGUAAGGUAACGCGCGGCUACGUUUGCUUUAUUCCUAUUUUCAGUUUUUCAGCCUGUUCCAGUCGUUAAGCUAUCUCGUCAAAGGUAGAAUCGAAAUGGCACGGAUGGCGAAAGUUGCUCUUGGAGAGAUUACCAACUGUCCUGGUGCAGCGGGCGUCACAAAGAGAAGGGGACAAGGCAAAGUGGCAGGUGCUCAGAAUCCUAAACCAGUCCAGCGGAUGGUUGCGCUCCAGGUUAAAGCACCAGCAGCAGCUAUGUCGAUGGAGGAGGAAGAGGAGGCGCAACUGUGCCAGGCUUUCUCCAAUACACUGCUCCCAGUGGAGGAUGUAGACGAGCAGGAUGCCUACAUGCCCCAGCUCUGCUCUGAAUAUGUGAAGGAUAUCUACACAUAUCUGCACCACCUGGAGGUAGAGCAGGCUGUAUGUGCUAACUACAUGCAGGGUUAUGAUGUUACUGAGCGCAUGCGAGCACUUCUCAUCGACUGGAUGGUCCAGGUUCACGCCAGGUUCCAGCUGCUGCAGGAGACCUUGUAUAGCUCUGUUGCCAUCCUCGAUCGGUUUCUCCAGGUUCAGCCAGUUUCUCGUAGAAAGCUGCAGCUUGUCGGUGUGACUGCAAUGCUGCUUGCCUGCAAGUAUGAGGAGAUGUAUCCUCCAGAGGUGGGAGACUUUGCCUACAUUACGGACAACGCGUUCACCAAGGCUCAGAUUUUGGAGAUGGAGCAGUUGGUUCUGAAGCGCCUCAACUUUCAACUCGGACGUCCCGUUCCGCUACAUUUCCUCAGGAAGAGCUUCAAAAGUGGCUAAUGUGAGAUUUCAGACAUAGAAAGGCAUACACUGGCCAAGUAUCUGAUGGAGUUGACCCUCAUUGACUACCAAAUGGUGCAUUAUCACCCUUCUGAGAUUGCUGCUGCUGCUAUGUGCCUCUCUCAGCUGCUGCUGAAUGGACUAUCUUGGUCAACCACACAGGCAUACUACUCGACGUACGAAGAGGCACACCUGAAGCCCAUCAUGCAGCACAUGGCCAAAAAUGUUGUGAUGGUAAAUAGCGGGAAGACAAAGUUCCAGGCUGUGAGGAACAAGUAUUCAAGCAACAACUUUAUGAUGAUCAGCCUGAUUCCUCAACUCAAGUCACCGCUCAUCAGCAAUAUGGCGGCUGCUCUCAAUGGUCCUUGAACUCUGCAUAUACAUAUAUUUUUUUUAUUGCCUCCACAAUGCACUUUAUUUUAGAUCAUUACUAGGCUGAGACUUCUCUGCUUUUUAAAAAUAUAUAUAUAGAGAGAGAUAUUUUGUAUGACUCAUUCCAAAGAUGGUUAUUGAAAUGAUGCAACUGGAUUCCUGAAAAUCUACGAGCUGCUUUACACCUCUUCCCGGUCCUGGCACAUUUCUAAUCUGUACGCUUGUGGGAGGUUGAUUGUUUCAAGCAACCUCCCUUAAGAUUAUUCUUUUCAAAAUGUUAAUUUAGACAUUUUGUUUGGAAAAAUUUCCCACCAAAACUUAGCCAGGUAGUGACCGUUUGCAUUUUAUUACUUGUCCUUAAUCCCUUGUUUGGUAUCCACAUUGUGACAAAUGUGUAUAUCAUUUGCUGGAAGUCUUUAAUGUUCAACUUCUCAGAUUUUAAAUUCCUUCUAUGUGUUUGGUUCCAUCAGCUACUGUUUGGAACUGAUGGUUUCACUGAAAAAAAUUCUGCAGUUCUUUGAAUAAAGUGAUUUGAGAAAAAAAUUGAAUCAGUUUAUUGGAGUACAAUGAACAUGUUUAUGUAAAAAUGAGUGGGACAG